AUAGUAGGCCUGGAAUAGUGUCUACUCUGGCGCUCUCAACUCUUGUGCGAGAUCGACUACUUGAAAUAUAGAGUUCUCUCUCUGCAUAGACACGAUCGCGCACCUACAUCAUGUCGAAUAAACCCAUCUUUGUAGCAACCCAUCCGCGGGCUUGCUCGACCGCUUUUGAGCGAGUCUUCAUGACUCGCCGUGACAUCCUACAAUGUGUCCACGAACCUUUUGGAGAUGCGUUCUAUUUCGGUCCCGAACGUCUAAGUGACCGUUACGAACAGGAUCAGAAAGCCAGGGAAGAGAGUGGCUUUGAAGGCAGUACCUACAGAACCAUUUUUCAGAGAAUAGCGAAGGAAAGCACUGAGGGUAAACGGUUGUUCAUCAAGGAUAUCACGCAUUACCUUGUCCCUCCAAAUGGCAAACCAGCGACGAUUGCACCAUCACUUGUCAACUACAAACGAGGUGUUGGUACAACUCAGGAAGGCCUCCCAGCACCGGACGGGGAGCCUUUCAAGGCUAAAGCAGUCAACAUUGCUCCAUAUCCGUAUGACACGAAUUCAGAGGAGGCAAAUCCCUCGGUCGUUCCUGAAGAAUUACUGAAACAAUUUCACUUCACUUUCUUGAUUCGUCACCCUAAGUUCAGUAUUCCCUCAUACUGGCGAUGCACAAUCCCACCAUUGGAUGACGUUACUGGUUUCUACAAUUUCAUGCCCUGCGAAGCAGGUUACGACGAACUCAGGCGCGUAUUUGACUACCUUCGCGAGCGUAAUAUCGUCGGGCCCAGGAUCGCUGGACACACGGAGACCACGAAUGGUGACACGAACGGGACGAAUGGUAAUCACACCGACAACGUCGAAAUUUGUGUUAUCGACGCAGACGACUUGUUGGACAACCCAAGCAGCAUCAUUAACCAGUACUGCGCGACAACAGGUGUGGAAUACAAACCAGAAAUGCUUACCUGGGAUACUGAGGAAGAACAUUCAAUUGCCAAGGCGGCCUUCGAGAAGUGGAAGGGAUUUCACGAGGAUGCGAUCAACAGCACGGAACUGAAGGCUAGGGUCCACAAAACGAAGUCUGAUGACGAAAUUUAUGCCGACUGGAUCAAGAAAUACGGCACCGAGGCUGCUAAAUCUAUCAAGGCGUGUGUUGACCAGAAUGUGGCGGACUAUGAGUACCUCAAGAAAUUCGCUAUUAAGCCGUAGGUGUGAGACAGUUGUUGGGCAGGCAAAGACGUAGCAAUUGCCUCGCUGGACUCUCGCACUUUCAAGCUGCCAUUGAUUUUUGUUGCCAGCUGAGCUCUU